GACGUUUUAGUUUAAGGGUUGCGUGUGAAACGGAACAGGAACAUUAAAGGCUAUCGUCUUCCUUUCCAGCUAUACACAAGAACUCAAAGUCGAUAACUCGGUGCUGUUCAUUUCCUUGCCCAGUUGAGUGGAACACUCAGUCUUUAAGGUUGCUGAUAAAUACUUCCGCAGAGAAAAAAGGUAAGGGAGGAUAACAAAACUGGACUAAAUCAUUUACAUUGAAAAUCUCCUGUACUAUGUUUUGUGUUACAAAACAGUUAUAACAAAAACAUUGGGGAUUCAUCCAUUUGUCAGUGUAUUCUGUUCUACCAUUUAAUAUCAUGUUAACGUUUCGAUCAUAGUAAGAAAAAUCUGAAUAUAUUCAUCGCUAUAGGCCUUUGGGUUCUAAUGGACAUUAUCCAGUGAAAUCAGUAUUCGUCAGUAUUAUUAGAAAUGACUCGGACUUGUUACUUAGACUACUUUUUUUGUUUCUCAUUGCUCCAGGACAACGGUCAUGGGUACAUUCUAUCUUUGCGUUGGCUUUGUUCUGAUCUUUGGAUCUCUAAAUGUCAAGGUGUUGUCUUUAUCUGGUGAGAGUUUAAUGAAGCAUAACUGAACGGUUUUUGGAAAGCUUCAGAGCUUGUGCUUUGAAACAACGACCAAGUAACCGACUGAUUUUACGUGCCCCACCGAAACAAAAUCACAGGCACUCAACGAGAAUAUAGUUCAAAACCACUUUAAGAUAGCAUUGUUAAACGUAUUUUAGUGUUUAAACGGUAGAUAUAGGCAUAUUUUUAUCUCCUGAAAAUUUUUCAUCUGUUCGGAUUUCCUAGCUGAAAGUCUAGUGAUCCGAAAAUUAUAGGGAUCCAAACUUACCUUUUCGAAAAUUUCAGCCAGAAAAAAGGCUCCCGAAAAUUCUAGGUGACCUUUUUAGAGUAAAAAAUUCUGGGCAAUUAUAACAUAUUUUAGAUGCUCGAAAAUCCUAGGAGAAGCAGGCAAGCAGGAAAUUUUACAACGAAUGUUCAGAAGAAUUCUAGAUUUCAAAUCGUCACCCGAACGGAUAUUUUCCGAAAAUUGCCGUUAGGUGCCCCUGCAAAAUGACUAGAAGGUAAAAUCGACUAUUUCAAGGUGGAAUAGAACAUCAAUAAAUAAAUAAAUAAAUAAAUAAUCCGAAAGAGAAAAAAGGAAGUGAGGGUCUUAAGCGUUGUUGAGGAGAAAUGUAAUAAGGUUUAACUAAUGCAGAAAAGGAUUUGCUUUUAAAAAAAAGCAGUUGAUACGAUGAAAGCUGUUACUCUUUUUCUGUCUCUCUAAAUAACUGUAGUUAUCCCUAUUACUGACCAAACGUUGUCCUUGAUUUUUUCAUCUACAUAUUACAGACUACGCUCUACACUUUCCAACUAAAGGCACCAGUGACUAUGUGAACAUCUGGGGUAUGCCCAGCUUGACCCAGUUCACUGUAUGUCUCUGGGUGAAGACAAACGCCACUACCUCUGGUACUCCGUUCAGUUACGCUGUUCCCGGCCAACAUAAUGAAAUUGUCAUCCUCGGCGUGAGGAACCCUAGUAUUUACAUUGCGGGUGGAAGCUUCAGGUACAUUUUGCUGUUAAAAACGAUGAAAUGAGUCGUUAACAGAUCUUAACAGUGUACAUCUUGAUCAAUGACUUAUUUUGCUUUAUCCUCGUUUUUUUUAUUUUCCUGCCCUUUUGGCGUGAAAUAUUUAAUGAAACGGGCAAAGAUCAAGACCAUUUAAGAGGAAAUGUUAACAAUUGGACUACCAUUCAAUGAUUUGCCAAGACAGCAUUAAAUUUUAAAAUAAAGUUUCAAUUGCCAAAGUAAUAAGGGGCGUGCAGUUUUCUUCUUACUCAGUUAUUAUUUCUUAUAGCGUUACCUUACCUUCAACAAAUGAUGGAAAAUGGCACCACGUCUGUUUAUCCUGGGAAAACAUCGCGGGCUCAUGGAAAUUAUACAAAGAUGGAGCAGUGGCAGAGCAAAGGAAAUCGUUCGCAACAGGACACGUGAUAAAAUCAGGAGGAUCGCUUAUGCUGGCUCAAGAGCAAGAUUCUUUAGGUGGUGACUUCGAUAUAAAUCAAUGUUUCAUCGGGAUGUUGACAAACGUCAAUGUCUGGGAUCACGUGCUUUCCCCUGCAGAAAUCGAGAAGAUGUCAAAAUCGUGCCUCUCUGGGGAGGGAAACGUAUAUAAGUGGUCUGAUUUCAUUCAUGGCCUUAAAGGGGAAACCAGAGUAGUUAUCCCAUCUCCUUGCAAACCAAUGGCUUCCUAA